CGGGCACACUACUCCGUAAAGUUCCAUGUGUCCAUGUGUUUCGCUUUCAAAUUAUAAAUGAAACACUAGCGAAAUGUUGAGAAAAUCAAAGAAACAGGCCGAGACGAUGGCCGAAAAGGUCAGCAAACUACUUGCCCAUCCGAACGAGAGCGACAGCGAGGAGGAUUCGGACUUUGACGUGGCCACUGGUCCCCGUCUAGUGGACUUUGAGGAGGAGUACGACCUGCCAGAUGCAAGGAGCACCGACUUUAGGAAGAGGAAUGUGAAGCUGCUGUCGGAGCAAAGUGAUCGAUACAAGGGCAAGAUCAGCAGUCGCAGGGAGCUAGAUGAGGAUGAUGAGGACCAGGAGUUGUCCUAUGAGGAAAGUGAUGACGAUGAAGAUAAUGGUGACUUGGAAGACUUUAAACAAAAAUUGCAGUCUGAAGAAGCUGUGGACUCGGAGGAGGAAGCUGCGUCUGGUGAUUCCGAAUCCGAUAAAGCAAAUGAAGAUGAUUAUUCAACAGACUUUAAUAAAAAAUUAAAGGCUGGUGAUUUCAAUUUUGAUGAUGAGGAGGAUGAUUCUGGGUCUGCUGAAGAGGACAGUGAAGAAGAGAACGAAGACGAUGAUGAUGAUGAUGUCGAAGACGACGACGACGACGAUACCGACGAUGAAGAUGCAGAGGAAGACACUAUCAAACCGUCAGAUGUAAUGUCCAAAACCAAUCAUCAGGCUGAACUCCAAAAAGGACUCUGUGUCCAAAACCAACUCCGCAUCUGGGAACGUCUAUUGGAGCUGAGGAUAAACACCCAGAAGUUCACCAGCAAAGCAAAUCAGCUGCCUGCGCCUGAGACAUUAAAGAAACUGGGUUCCGAGAAUGAUGAACUGCAAUCAGUGUUAAACGAGGCCCAGGAACGCUCCUCUAAGCUGUUGGAGCAGCUGCUGGCCCUUCAGAUGGCACUCCACCAGCAGAACUCAGAGAUGAGAAAGUCGGUGAAGCGCAAACAGUCGUUGGAUGAUUCGGGUACUCCUGCCAAAAAAUUCGGUUCCUUGCUGCACAACAACUUCCAGCAGGUGACGGGGUAUCGCAAUGAAGUGCUUCUGAAGUGGGACGAUCGAACCAAACUCCUGACACCAGGAGCGGGAGUAAAGCGUAAGUCCAUGCAGGAAGACUACGACAUUAUCAAAAAAAUCGAUAGCGCCCUGGCCAACCGAGAAGCCCUUGUAGAAAAGUCGCAGACGCCAAAGAGCAAUCAAGCGGAGCAAAAGGAAAACGAGCCGGUACAGCGGGUUAAACACAUUUACGACGACAGCGACUUCUAUCACCAACAGCUUCGCGAGCUCAUCGAGUACAAAGCCAGCACCUCGUCCAACAUGAGUGAGAUCACCAAGCAGUUUGUGGAGCUGCAGAAGCUGCGCCAGAAGAUGAAGAAAAAGGUGGACACUAGGGCCAGCAAGGGUCGCAAGCUAAGAUAUGUGGUGCACAACAAACUCAUCAACUUCAUGGCGCCGAAUGAACAUAGCGACUGGACGGAGAGCUCCAAGUCCGAGUUGUACAAAUCGCUGUUUGUCUAGAAAAUAUCUAAAUAUAAAUAAAGUAAAAACUAUAUUAUGAACUUAUUAAAUAGGAAUAAAAAGAAAAA